UUUUGGAUUUAUUUUGCAAGUGGAUGGAAUGGAAAACUCGGUACUAUAAUUUCCAUGGGUUGGAAAUGUUCGAAUAAACAUUAUUUUUUAUAAACAAAGUUUGUGAAGUUAGAUUUCAACAUAAUUUUCUUUAAAAUGACGACGUUUGUUAUGUCUGCCUUGCGCCUAACAUACAGAAAACAUACUUUCAAAGCCGUAUUUUAUUCAACACAACCUGAACGUGCAAAUGAAAGAAAUCUGGGCAAAAUUGUAAAUGUAGCUAUAAUUGGUGCCCCGAAUUCUGGGAAGAGUACAUUGAUUAAUAAAGUAACAGAAAGAAAGAUUUGUGCAGCUUCAAACAAAGUACACACAACAACGAAGUUAGUAAGAGCUAUGUGCUUCUACAAUGACACACAGAUUGUAUUCUUAGACACUCCUGGAGUUGUUACUGAAAGGGAACAAAAGAAAUACAACUUGCCUGAAUCCAUGAUCAAAGCUUGUCACAAGAGUUUGAGAUGUGCAGAUGUUGUUGGCGUGGUACAUGAUGUCUCUAACAAAUACACAAAGGAUUAUCUUCACUCAGAUGUCAUCAAUAUGUUGAAUUUUAUUGCUGAAACACCAAGUUUUUUAAUAAUUAACAAAAUUGAUAAAUUUAAAUCCAAAGCACAGUUGCUAACUACAAUAAGUAGUCUGACUAAUGGAUUCAUAGCUGGAAACCCCAUACCUGGAAGUGGCAAAAGUAAAUCUAAAGAUAAAGGAGACAAGAAACCUGAGAAGGGAUACAGUAAAUUCUCUGAUGUUUUUCUCAUAUCAGCUCUGAAUGGUGAUGGAGUUCAAGACAUUAAGAAUUACCUAGUAAGCAAUGCAAAAACUGCCAACUUUCAAUAUUCUCCUAGUCAAUGGACUGACCAGAGACCAGAGUCUCUCAUAGAAGAAGCUGUUAGGGCGAAGUUCCUAGACUUUUUGGCACAAGAGAUCCCAUAUAAACUGAAUGUACAGCUAGAAUAUUAUGAAGAGAUUGAGGAACAAGAGAAGAUUCUGUGUUCAGUAGCCGUGGAGUGCCCCAAUGAGAGAUUAGUCAGGUUAAUAGCUGGUGCUGGAGGGGGGAGGCUACAGCAAAUCAAGACUCAUAUCCGGAAUGAUCUAGUAGACUUAUUCAAGAAAACAGUAGUAUUAUCCCUUAGUUUAAAAAUAAAAAGCAAAAAUGAAGCAGCCAUUGUGAAUUAAGAGCUAGUUGUUAUCAAAUGUGUAAAUAUGCCUUAUUAUGUAUGUAUGUUUUAUACUGUUAGUUACUUACAGAGUAAGUUAAUAAAAAAUGGAAUAUAUUGAC